AUGCCAUUGCUGUUUUCACGACUCAAAAGCACGAUCAAGAUAUUCGCUAAAUCGGUAAGCCCCCUAUUGUAUUCUGAUAAGACGGGCAAGACAUUUAAUACGAUGCUCGCUGUCUUACAGCUAGUAGACUGCUAG